UCCUCAAAAUUCUUAAAGUUGAAGAAGGGUUAAACACGGGGUGAUGAUACGGCGUAACCGUAUCGUGUAAGCACGAAGGAGGCGCGUAAAACGAGGAAAAGAAACGAGAGAAGAACGACGCAAGGCAAAAUUAUCGCAAGGAUAACGAUGGCGAACGAUGUUGUUCGCAACGGUCGAUUGCAAGAAACCACCACCGCGAUUGUACAACGGACGAGAAAUGACCGAGGCAAAAGAGCUCCGGAUAUAGCAGCCAUUGAGAGCCGUAAUUGGUUGUUACAUCGACAUUACACGAGACACGAGUACAACGCUUGCAAAUUACUUAUCGAGCAAGAAUUAUCGAAAUCGGAUGGUCACGAGUACGCUAAUUAUUUGAAGGGUUUAAUCCUAAGAAAAGAAGGCAAAAUUCAAGAUUCACUGGAUUGUUUCCAAACGGCUUACAAUGUAAAUUCGACAAACGUCGACAAUGUUAAACAGAUAGCGAAAUCAUUGUUAAUAAUGGGAAGCCACCAACGUGCGAUAGACGCGUACACCGAGGCGGAGAAGAUAUCCGCUCUACCGGAUUGGGAAAUAUAUUACGGUCUUGGCGAGGCUUAUGUGAAACUGAAUCAGUUGCAAGAAGCUAAGAAGUGUCUGAAACGUUCAGCCGAGUUGACGAGAAACGAAUUGCCUAAUCUUGCUCUUGCGAAACUCCAUCUCCUAGAUGACAUGAUUCCAGAAGCUAGAAAUGCUUAUACAACAGCUCUGAACGGAAAUCCCGAGAGCAUCGAUGCUGCGACGGAAUUGGGUCUUUUGUACCUUAAGAUCGGAGACACGCAACGAGCAUUUCAGCAAUUCGGAGCGGCGCUGGCUCAUUCGCCUAAUUGCGUCAAUGCGAUCUUACCUAUGGCUUACAUAAUGCAGAAUCAUCGAGAGUACGACGUGGCACUGUCAAAGUACAAGGUCGCCGCGCAAACCAUUCCAGAGUCUUCAGUACUUUGGAAUAACAUUGGAAUGUGUCUUUACGGGAAACAAAAAUAUGUCGCGGCUAUUAGCUCUUUGAAACGAGCGCAUUAUUUGAGUCCGUUGUCUAGCGUACCAUCGUGCAAUCUGGGAAUCGUUUUUCUCACCACUGGGCAGCCUGCUUCGGCUGCAAUUUAUCUAUGCGCCGCAGUUAGCGCCGAACCAAAGAAUCCCACACCAUAUUUGUUGUUGGGUCUGGCUCUAAAACGCCUGGAUGACUUGGAGGGUGCCGAGAGAUCAUUAACAAAAGCUCAUGCUCUGGCCCCCCAGGACCCAUUGAUAUUGAUUAAUUACGCUGUAGUUCUCGACGCUCGUGGUAAACAAGCUAAUGCCACUGAGAUUUUGAUUGCGCUCAAUGACAUUAUGGCCGUUGUUGAUGUCGAUUCGCAGAUAUCGCAAAUGGCGAAAAAGUUAUCCAAGAAAUUGCUGCAUCAGGACAAAGCAAACACCAGUCAAGAACCGCCCACGGACGACGAGGAACGACAAUUAAGUGCUGACGAAGUUUGAAAGCUACGCCCACUAUCGCUUAACGAAGGUCGGAAUAAUCUAUUUCCAGUGAAAUGAUUUAAAAUUUUUAUUGCUUCGUACAGUGUGAACAACGUUACAAUAUAGCAACAGUUAAUAGACGCGCAUACUACAUUUGUUUGGUUGUUUAUUAUCUGCACACCUUGAGGAGGUGUACACGUGUAAAGCAUGGUGUGCAGUGUGUAAUAUAGUACAAGUCACAUAAAGAUGAAACCACAAGA